UUCUUGUCUCUGACAAGCGAAUACAUAAAAUACUUUUAACAUAUUUUCGUGCUGAAUAUUGUAGCAGACAAUUGCGUUUUUUGGCGUUUGCAAACAUGCCACGCCUCCGCAUUUCUGGACAACCAACGGUGCAGCUGCAACCAUAUCAUAGCUACCGUUUCGGAAGCAGCCCGAUUGUGGAACUACAAAUUGAGCAUGAGAGCGUAGAGCAGUUUCAUGGCGCUCUUGGGGUCUCGCCCGAUUUCGUUGUGCGCUUGGUGGCCUGGUCGGGCAAGGUAUACGUGAAUGGUGAGGAUGUCGCUGCAAAAGAUAUAGGAUUUGAGAUUGCUGACGAUCGUGGAUUUGUUGAGCUACGUUUUGGCGAUGUUCCAGCCGAAUUAUAUUUCGAAAGUACCAUGUAUGAGGAUACUGACAGUGGCUAUGAAGAUGGAUAUCGCGGAGCUCCUCCGUUCGAUUAGACGACAAUCAAUCAUUUCUCUCAAGUCCGUCCAGUUCCGUGCAUUGCCAACAUUUUCGUUUGUCGUCCGCAUCGGCAAGUAGAGGGUCAAUUCAUCUGUCUGAUUUAAUGCAUAAACCAAAAACGUAAACCCCCACACACACUCCGUUUAUCAUAGCAACAAAGCGCCAUAAAGUAUAUAUUUUAAUAAAAUUGCGAACAAUUUCCAUUGAA